AUGAGCUAUUUAUCUCAAUCUAGUCGAUUGACCUUCCUUUUAAUACAACUCAGAAGCAAAGAUUUAAUUACGCCUGACUAAUAUUCUCGACUUUGUGACCAUGCCGCCAAAGACAACCCACAAUUAAAGGAGUUACUGGUUAAUUACGAGAAUGGUUUAUCGUAAAGUGAGCUAAUUGAUGAAUUGUCUAAAAUGCUAAAUAACCAGAAUGGGAAUGAAAACAUCGUCAAAUCCUACUUGUAAGUUGUUUAAUAAUCCUGCUUAGUGAUUCUAUCGUGUGCAUAUGCAAAUAACUCAAGGGUAAGAUUAAGGAGUUUUAUCGCGACAUUAAGGUAAAUUGAAUCUAAAUUAGAUCUCAGUAAGAUAUCAACGAAAUUUAUAAGGAGUGUUUUAUUGCUCAGCAUCAUUAAUAAGAAAUUAAGGAUCUCAUUCGAUUGAUUCUCAAGCAAUUUUAUAUCAAAGAGUUCAAUCUGCUCCAGUUUAAGCAAGAUCAACAAUGUCACAUUCUAUCAAAUAAUUUUGAAUCCACUACAAUUAAGGAAGCCCAAGAAAUUCAAGAGUUCACUGAUUCCCAAUCCCAUCAAUAACUAUUAGGAACUCCAGCAGAUUAUCUUGGUUUAUUAAAAACAGAAAAACUGCCUUAGUAUUGUAUAAUAUCUAAUAAUGAUAUAUUUUUCCUGUCCUUUACUGAAAAAGUUAAUAACAAUUUUAAGCAGUAUCUCAUGAUUACUUCCCUUUAUGAAUAUAUAAUUUCAAUCAUCAAACACGGGAAUCAAAUAGUGGGAUUAAAAAAGUUAUAGACUAUUAGAAUGGAAAUACUGCAGUUGGUCUCGAGAACAAUUAAUAUUUUUACAUACAAACUAAUAUUUCAUAUAUUGGUUUAGAUUAUGAAAUAAUUUAAUUUGUACAAUUUGGUUAGCCCGAUAGACAAAGAAUAUUAUUAGCAAUAAAAGGUGACUAAUUAUCUAUUGUUUACUUUUAAAAGUGAAUGGAAUUGUGUGUUUAUCGAUUUGGAAGGCAAUCUUUCUUUAUAAUUGAAAGAAAAGGUUUAGAGUACUUUCAGAAAGAGUAUCAAAAGAUAUAGUAAAAAAUUGAAAUAGAAAAAGAACUUGUUAGAAUCCUUCUAAUAAGUUACUUAGCAUAAUGAAAUGAUUAUGUGUCUAUUCUUUAACAGUUACUUGUAUUUGUAUUAUAUGACUGUCUAAUGGAAUCAUGAUUAAUUUGUGUAUGAUUUGGAUAUAAACAUAGUUCUCGAUUCAAACUAUCCAGAGAAAUCAAUUAUGGAGAUCCCAUUUACAAGAUCUUCGAGAAGAACCCUGUAGUGAUAUCCAAGGUUAAAGAAUUAAUUGAAUCUAAAAAUGACCAUUUAGAAAUUGAUGAUGGAUCCUAUAAAUUUUCAUUGAAGGUUGAGAGAGGAAGAAAACAAGAAGUCAAACAAAUUUCAGUCUACUUAUUUAACAUAUAAUUGAAAAGGUAAUUCUACUAGUUACAUAUAUAUAAGACCCCUCAAUGAGUUGUUACAGAUCUUCAGAAGCAAAGUUAAAAUAAUAUUAACAUUAAAGAAGGCGACAUUGGCUUUUAAAUCUAAGCAAUUAAUGAUGGAAAACUAGUUCUUUAGAUCAUCAGCUUUGGUGAUGUAUUUACCUGAUCACGAUAUGAGAAAACUGGCUAUUGUUUAUAAUGAGGAUCAUGAUUAAGCCUUAGAGAAAUAUCGUGCAGCCACAAUGAAGAAGAAAUCAAAAAAAUUAUCUUAAUUCCUAGCCAAAUACGAGGAAGAAGAUAAGAAAAAUCCAGAUGGACGAAAAAUAGCAAUAGAUCCUAAUUUACAAGAGAGAUUAUUGGAUUACGAAUUCAAUCUGUUGAACAAGAAACUAUAUAAGAAUAAGUUCAUCAUUGUAUACAACAUCUUUGAUAUGCUCGAAUACACCAAAUAAUACCCUUUGAAAAAUAAAGAGUUCAUCAAUUUUUUAACUGCUCUGAAAUACAAAUAUAAUAAGACAGCAAAUCCAUUUCACAAUUUCACUCAUGGAGUUAAUGUGAUGCAUGGAUGUUUCCUUUUUACUCAUCAUCCAAAGUUUGGGUUUUGUUUCAAUGAUCAACAGAGAUUUGCAAUGACACUGGCAGGAUUAUGUCAUGAUGUUGGACAUCCUGGAACAAAUAACCUAUUUUAAGUAAAUACUUAAACCAAGUUGGCCUUAUUAUACAAUGACAAAUCAGUGUUGGAAAAUCACCAUAUAGCAGUCACUUAUAAGUUGUUGGCCUUGGAACAAUGUGAUUUUUUGGAAUCAGUCCCUAGGACAGACAAAAUCAUGAUCAGAAAAUAUAUUGUGAAUAAUGUGUUGGCAACAGAUAACCAAUUUCAUUUUAAGAUACUUAAUGACAUCGAGAUAAAGUUUGCUCAAUCUUAAGGGGAUCCCAAAAUCUUUGGUACCUUAUAUUACUUAUAUUAUGAUUAGAAUCUGAAGACAACAAGCUUCUUCUAAGUGGGUUCUUGACUCAUGCAGCUGACUUCUUUGGAGCAGCAAAGUCCUAUUAAGUGGCUAGGACAUGGAGUGAAAGAUUAAGGAGAGAAUUCUAGGCAUAGGUAAAUUACUGAUAUUAUGAUUUGUAAAGUCUUAAUUAGAGGAUAUAGUGGGUAUCGCAUAGACUCCGUACCUCAGGAAUUUAGAUGAUGAAGUGCAAUAUGCCAAAAAUGAGAUCGGAUUCUUGAAGGUUAUUGUGAAACCAAUUUAUGAAUCCUUGAAUUAAUUCUCUGAUGGUGCGAUGUCAUUAUAAUUGGCGAAUAUCAAUCUGAGCAUCAAAAAAUAUUCGGAAAUCGUUGAUUCACGGUAAUAAUUAUGA